GGCUCGUAGCAGGUGUCUCCGGGACGAAAAGUUGUCAUUUGCUGUAUGUCAAGGCCUCCAUGUAUCCCGUUGGUGCGUUGUGGCCGUGUCUGCCAUCGGUGUCUCCAGCGUUCCGUCCGAACCGAGAAAUCAGAGACGAUCACCUCGCCGCGACGUGCAUCCAGUCGGGCUCGGGGAUUUUGUCCAUUCCAGGCAUGUAGAGCGCAGUGCAUCGCGCAUACAUUUUCCGCCCGACGCCCGGACUCGCAGCGUAACCAUCUCUGCUCUGCUACAACAUAUCGCUGGCGCGCACUCCAUCAUGCCAGAGCGCUAUGAAGGCGAUGCACGAAUCACACACCGUGCGUAACAUACCCUGCCACCCCCGGUGUUCUGCGAGAGCGCUAUAUAGACGCGAUGUGGAUGAAGCAUGAGUACAUCGGAUACCGCACUCAUCCCGCACUCGAAGAUGACCACACCUAUUCCCUGCCCGCCCUCGCUGCCCUUCCUCGGCCACGUUACUUCUAUCGAGAAGGAGGUCCCACUUCGCUCCUUUGCUCUUUUGGCGCGCCAGUACGGUGAAAUAUACGAGCUGCAUCAAUUCUCGAGGACGCUGAUUGUCGUCAGCUCAUAUGAGCUUCUGAACGAGGUCAGCGAUGACAAGCGGUUCUUCAAGGACAUCGGAGGAAGCCUAGAGCAAGUUCGCAAUGGCGUCGGCGACGGCAUCUUCACAGCGCGACCCGACGAGGAGAACUGGGGGAUCGCUCACCGACUGUUGAUGCCCGCGUUCGGCACGACCGCGAUUCGCGGCAUGUUCGACGACAUGAUGGACAUCGCAUCGCAACUCAUCAUGAAAUGGGAACGGUUCGGCCCCGGAGCGGUGAUCAACCCCGCGGAGGACUUCACGCGAUUGACGUUUGAUACGAUCGCACUAUGCUCGAUGUCUCACAGGUUGAAUUCCUUCUACCGGGAAACGAAUCACCCCUUCGUCCAAGCAAUGGUCGACUUUCUCAUAGAAUCCGGCCACCGCGCCUUCCGCCCAUCCAUCGUUACCUCCGUGAUGGGCUAUAAUACCAAGUAUGAGCAGGACAUCAAGAUCAUGGCGGAUCUGGCCAACGAAAUCAUUGCGGAUCGCAAGGCGAACCCGGUCGAUAGAAACGACUUGCUCAACAAGAUGCUGCUUGGUAAGGACCCCAAGACAGGCAAGGGCCUCUCAGACGAGGCCGUCAGGUAUAACCUGCUCACCUUCCUGAUUGCCGGCCAUGAGACCACAUCAUCGACACUUUCGUUCACGCUGUAUUACCUUCUCAAGAACCCCGAAGCCGCGCGCAAGCUGCGCGAGGAGCUCGAUGAGGUCCUCGGCGAUCAGCCGCCCCAGCUCGGCGAUAUGAACAAGCUGCCUUACCUCACAGCGUGUCUGCGCGAGUCGCUUCGCCUCAACCCGCCAGCGCCGAUGCGCACGGUGGACUCAAGCGAGGACACGACGAUCGGAGGCGGCAAGUACGCGAUCAAGAAGGGACAGACCGUCGUUAUCAACUCACCUUUGGCGAUGAGGGAUCACAAGGUCUGGGGUGACGAUGCUGAGGAGUUCCGUCCGGAACGCAUGUUGGAUGGUAAAUUCGAGGCACUACCCCCUAAUGCGUGGCAACCCUUUGGCUUCGGUAUGCGAGCAUGCAUUGGUCGCGCCUUCGCCUGGCAAGAAAUGAUGCUCGUCAUGGCCUACGUCUUCCAGCGGUUCGACCUCGUCAUGGACGACCCUUCUUACGAGCUCAAGAUAAAGCAGACGCUCACCAUCAAGCCCAAGGACCUCCACAUUCGCGCAAUCCCGCGCACCGCUGCGGUGCCGCUCGCGAUGCCCAGCUCAUCGCUGCACCGGGCGCGCAGAGGCACAGAGCCAAAGCAGCCGACGCGCGCCGCGGUCCCGGGGACGGGCGUGGAGCCGAGACAGUGGCUGUAUGUACUGUACGGUUCGAAUACGGGCACGUCGGAGACGUUUGCGCAGAGGGUGGCGAGCGAUGCGGCUGCUCAUGGCUUUUGUACCAAGAUGGGUACUUUGGACUCCUUCUGCGAGAAGUUGCCCAGCGACGGGCCGGUUGUGAUCAUCACCGCUUCAUUUGAAGGCGAGCCGGCCGACAACGCGGCGCACUUCGUGGAGUGGAUCAGGAACCUCAAGGGCAAGGAGCUCGCGAACGUGAACUACGCCGUGUUCGGAUGCGGCAACCACGACUGGGUCCUGACAUAUCAGCGGAUACCCACACUAAUUGACGAUACCUUGGAAGAGCGCGGAGGCAGGCGGCUCGUGCCUCGCGGAGCGGGUGACGCAAGCUCGCCGGAAUUCUUUGAGGUCUUCGAUGAGUGGGAGGCGAAGCUCUGGGAGACGCUGUCUAAGGAAUACAGCGCGACUGCGACACCCCCGUCUGCGGCAGGUGGCUUUGCAGGACUGGAGAUCAAAGUGGUAGAUGCGGGGACCUUCAGGGCUUCUGUCCUCCGGCAGCCCGAUGCUGCUCUGGGAACGGUCAUUGAGAACAGGCUGCUUACUGCACCGAGCGCGCCGCCCAAGAGACAUAUAGAAUUCGAGCUUCCGGAGGGUAUGGCUGCCCGUGCUGGAGACUAUCUUGCCAUAUUGCCCUCCAAUCCUCCUCGUGAUGUUCACCGAGCGAUUGCCCGGUUCGGGCUGUCUGCUGAGCAAGAGGUCCUCUUGUCGUCUGCUGGUCCCACACCGCUACCUGUCGAUCGUCCCAUCAGCGUGUCUGCGCUGCUCUCAGGCUAUGUGGAGCUAUCGCAGCCUGCAACGACUCGAGACCUCCGGAUUUUAAUGACUGCUGAGAAGGCACCCGCUGAAGCACUACAGGAGCUCUUGACGACAUACGGCGAGAAGGUCCUCGUCAGGCGGCUCAGCGUGCUCGAUAUCCUCGAGGACUACCCAGAAAUCAAGCUACCAUUUGAGACAUACCUACAGAUGCUGCCCUCCAUGCGAGUCCGACAAUAUUCGAUAUCCUCGUCGCCGCUUUGGGACGCCCAGCGCGUUUCGCUCACCGUGAGCGUCGUCGACAAACCGUCUAUCGCGGGGCGGAAGGAGUCCUUCCUUGGAGUAGCCUCGACAUUCCUCGCCGGACUGCGCCCGGGAGACAAAGUGCAAAUCGCAGUGCGCGCGUCAUCCGCUGCGUUCCACCCGCCGUCAGACCCGACGGUGCCGAUGGUGAUGUUUGCCGCGGGUUCGGGACUCGCGCCGAUGCGCGGAUUCUUGCAGGAGCGUGCGAUGCAGAAGAAGGCGGGGCGCGAGGUUGCGAGGUCGCUGCUCUUCUUCGGAUGCAGGACGCCGAAGGAGGAUUAUUUAUAUGCAGAUUCGGAUCUGAAGGAGUGGACCGAGCUGGGUAUCGUGGAUGUCAGGCCGGCGUUUUCACGCUUGACGGAGGAGUCUUCCGGGUGCAAAUAUGUGCAAGACCGAGCGUGGCAUGACCGCGCGGAAAUUGACGCUGCCUACAAAGCGAACGGGAAGGUGGGUAGCCGGUAGCCUAUCAUCUAUGACGC